CAAGGUUACCGUUUCACUCGCCAUCUGCGCAGACUCUCGGCAGCCACAGCAGGAAGCAAGCAAAGCAAAGAUAGAGAGAGAAAGAGAUGGGGAAGAAAGCGAAAAGCUCAAGGAAGGGCAAGAAAGCAUGGAGAGCAAACAUAAGCACCGAAGACAUAGACGAUUUCAUUGAGAAAUCCACCAAAGAUGCUCUCUCCGGAGGCUCUCUUUCCCAUGUUCCCACUGAGUCCCUCUUUUUCGUCGAUAAAUCCAAAGAUCUUUCUGUGAAGCGCAAGAUUGAGAAGCACAGAGAAAAGGUACUCCGCUGUGACAGUAUACUUCAGAAAAAUCCUUUUGUUCAAGCGGUGCCAUCUUCGAAUCAGAAAAAGAAGAAGAUAUCCAAGAAAUCCCUGAAAGAGUCUGAGCCAAAAGAUGCCACUCAAGAUGGUUCCAAGAAUGAUUGUCCUGUCCAGGAUUCUGGCAUGGUCGACUUGUGGGAAAAUGAAGGUGAAUGUGACAACAAACUUAGAAAGGCAUCCAAACCUUCAGUUAUUCGGGCAGUGGAAGUUGAGCCUCCAGGAUGCUCAUUUAAUCCUUCAUUUGAAGCUCAUCAGGAUUCUUUGGCCCAAGCUGUUGCAGAGGAAAUGCAGAAAGUCUAUCAGAGUGAGUUGGGACCUCAACCUGUUCCAUUAACUGUUCCUGGGGAACAGCAAGUGAUUGAUGAAGAAGAUUUGUAUUUUCUGGAGGCGGAUAAUGGGGAUGAUGGUGAAGAGAAUUUGACAGAGAAUGAGGAUGCUGCGCAAGGAAAAAGCAGGUCUACUAACACAAAGAGGGUGACCAAAGUUGAGUUGAAUAGGAGAGCCAGACUCAAAGAACAGCAGAAAAAAGAAGCAGAAGCCAAGAAGAAAGAGGAGCUUUCAAAAGAAAUUGAUUCCUUGCCAGAUAUCAUAAAGGAAAUAGCUAAAGAAGAUGAGGAGAAGCAUAAAAGACACAUCAGGCGUAUAGUAGCUAAGCAAGAGAGACUUAAAACGUGUCCACCACGCUUGGGAAAGCACAAAUUUAAGCCUGCUCCUCCACAAGUACUAUUGUCUGAAGAAAUUACUGGUUCUCUCCGCAAGCUGAAGGGUUGCUGCACCCUUCUAAGGGAUCGAUAUAAAAGCCUAGAAAAAAGGGGAUUGGUUGCACCAACAGCCAAACGCCUAAGGAGAUAGAUAGUGGAUUCAAUUAUUGAGAUUGUUGAUUGUGUAGCAGUUGGCGGGUUAAAGCGAAUGGAAUGCUGUUUAGCAUGAGAAGAAACAGAUAGUUGAGAUAUGAAGAUUCCAUUGCAGACACAGACAAAGCCUUUUAUCUGUGUUGUUAUGUUUGUCACUCUAUAAAAUCCCAGUCAUAUUAUUAGUCACCAAUAGACUAUUAGUGUUUUGCAAAUGUGCUGGUUAGUUUGAAGUUAUUUUUAGUUUAAAUUUUGGAUGGUUUAGAUUGAAAAAUAAAGAAUUCAGAGUUCAGAUUA